AUGUCGAAUCAAGAGCCACCCUCUGAUGUUAGAAAGCGUGUUAGAGAACACUGGGGGAAUCUGGAGCACCCAAAAAAGUCCAAAACCGAAAACAAUCAAGGAACUCCCAGAAACGCAGGAGAUGCUAAUACAGAAGUGAUUGAUCUGACGAGUGAGAAGGAAAGUGACGGCGCGGACACUUCAGAGACAGAUAUAUCCCAAAAUGAAGAGCAGGACGUUUUGGGAGAAACAACAACCACCAGGGAGGAGCACAAAAGGUCCGAUGAUAUUUCUUCGGUUCCUACCACUAACUAUCCUUUCAAAUUGAUGAAGUCCGAGAUAUACGACCAAGGGACAAGCUCAGAGCACUUCGUUUCCCUAGAAUCAAUUUUUGGUGCCCCGAAAUUGGCUAGAAGCUGGCUUUUUAGCUUUCAAUUCGAAUUGGACUACAUCCUGCCAAUGUUCGCAGAGAACACUCGCAUAACCAUAGUGGCCCAAAGAGGCACGAUUUUACCGGCCACGUUACAAACACCCCGUAUCUUAAAACUGGUGCGAAACAUGGAAACCUCGCUCGUAAACAUGCCACCUUAUGCGUGUCAUCACUCUAAGUUGGUGGUGAACCAGUUCGACAAUGGCGACUGCCAAAUUUAUAUUCCUUCCAAUAACUUCACUUCAGCAGAAACGAACAUCCCUACGCAGAUUGUAUGGUGCAGUCCGUUGCUCAAAAAAUUCUCCUCAGGGUCACGUCCCUCCGUAUUUCGAACUGCGCUUUCUGAAUAUCUACAAGGCUAUCGUGCUGAUUUUAAACCUCUCAUCGAAGCUUUGGAACAAGUGGAUUUUCUUCCUGUCGACGCACUGGGCUUACAGUUUGUUUACUCGCACCCUGAUAUCGCAUCUUCUGGACUGCCCCUUCUCAGUCGUUUAUUGCAAGACAAACACCACACUACAGAGGAUAAAGAUAAAACACACCAUUACCUAGCUCAAGUCUCGACCAUAGGCUCACCUAUAAAAAGUGGGCUUAGGUCUCCAGGGAACCUUUUUCUUCAUUACAUGAUCCCGCUCUUUUCUGGCUUGAUAAAGCCAGAUACCGGUACCAAGCGCGGCACCAAGCCCUUUGACAUACCAGACUAUGAAAAGUGGCUAGAAAUUAAUCAGAUCAAGCCGCGCAUUGUGUACCCAACAUCCGAAGAAGUAAGAACGGGCCCGAUGGGUUACAUGGCGGGCGGCUGGUUCCACUAUCACUGGAGGCGGAAUGACGCAAGUCGGGAAUUGUACCAAAAGUUGAAGAAAUGGGGCAUUUUGUACAAACGCAACCCUCCAGUGGACUACGUCAGGAAAGGAACACCAGCUCAUACCAAGUUUUUGAUGAAAGCCACCACAGUCAAUGCAGAAGGUACAAUCCUUGACGAAAUGGAUUGGGUGCUAUUCACAACCGGUAAUUUGAGCAUGAAUGCAUGGGGCACGUACACUUCAAAACCGCGAAACUACGAAGUGGGCGUUUUAUUCAAAUCUACCAAGCAAGUCAAGAUCGUUAUUGAAAGUGCCGCUAAUCUGGCGUACAGUAAGUUCAAUGGUGCCGGACGCUCACUGACAGAGGUUAUAUCAAACGAUAGAAAGAAAAUAAGCGUUAUGGUCCCCUUUGAAAACGUUACAGUUCCCUACAGUAAUAAGGACGACUCGUUCUGUAUUUCCACCGCUUAUGAAGAGCCUGACACGCUAGGGAAUUGCCACGAACCACAAGCCUAA